UAGAAAGAAGAGAAAGGAAAACCGUGAGACAGCUUCUGCUCGGCUUGUCUAAAGCGCCAUCUUGAAUAGAAAGUGGGAUUUAAACCUAAAAGGGAGGAUUUGAAGGAGUUAAACCGUGACUUUCGUCGGUGUUUUAAGCAAUCCACGGUCACACUGGAGCCGAACUAGUCGUAGCUUUCGGCGUUUCUUACUCAAAGUAAAGGCGCAUUCGUGAGGGUAUCGGCGAGGAACUUGUUAGCCUUUACCCAGCUAGCAAGGGGGAGGGGCGAAGGGGUUUGGAGAUUUUUUCCGCAGCCGAAGUUGUUUGUUUAUGUUAUUUCAAACAGACAUGUCCUCUUCAAACCCAGAGAUACCAGACCCAAAUCUGGGUAUGGGGGCGAGUGGCACCCAGGGAAGUGGCGGAGCUGUUGUACCAAAAGGGACCAACAAAAGAAGAGCUGCGCCAGACUUUGAUGAUGACGAUGACGACGAUGAAGGAAACAAGCUGUUCAGGUGUGAUGAUGAAACAGGAGGUGGCAAUGACAAAGAGCGCUUUGCCAGGGAGAACCACAGUGAGAUUGAGAGGCGAAGGCGAAACAAGAUGACUGCGUACAUCACAGAAUUGUCAGACAUGGUGCCCACCUGCAGUGCACUAGCAAGGAAGCCAGACAAACUAACUAUCCUGCGAAUGGCGGUGUCCCAUAUGAAGUCUCUAAGGGGAAGUGGCAAUACCAACUCGGAUGGGUCGUACAAACCCUCCUUUCUCACUGACCAGGAGCUAAAGCACCUCAUUCUGGAAGCGGCCGACGGUUUCCUGUUCGUGGUGUCAUGCGAGACCGGCCGCAUUGUUUACGUCUCAGACUCUCUGACCCCCGUCCUCAACCAGGCGCAGUCGGAAUGGCUUGGCUCCUCCCUGUAUGAUCAGCUUCACCCAGAUGAUACAGAAAAGCUCAGAGAGCAGCUGUCCACUGCCGAGAAUAACAACACGGGGAGGAUGCUAGACUUGAAAACAGGAACAGUGAAGAAAGAAGGUCAGCAGUCGUCAUCCAGAAUGAGUAGGGGAGCCCGUCGAUCAUUCAUCUGCAGAAUGAGGUGUGGCAAUUGUCCCGUGGAACCGAUGUCUAUGAAUAGACUGAACUUCCUGAGGAAUAGAAACAGGAAUGGUUUGGGUAUCGCCAAGGAAGGAGAGCCUCAGUUUGUAGUGGUCCACUGUACAGGAUACAUCAAGUCCUGGCCCCCUUCAGGAGUAUCAUUAACAGACGAUGAAGCAGACAACAAUCCGGGGAGUCGCUACUGUCUGGUUGCUAUUGGGCGAUUACAGGUAACUUGUUGCCCAGGUGACACAGACGUCAACAGUAUUAGUGUUCCAGUGGAGUUCAUCUCGCGCCACAACUGUCAGGGCAUGUUCACCUUCGUGGACCACCGCUGCAUGGCAGCUGUCGGCUAUCAGCCACAAGAUUUAUUAGGGAAGAACAUUCUGGAGUUUGCCUUCCCUGAAGACCAGGGCUUACUAAGAGACAGCUUCCAACAGGUGGUGAAGCUGAAGGGCCAAGUCCUCUCGGUGAUGUUUCGGUUUCGGUCCAAAUCGAGAGAAUGGAUCUGGAUGAGAACCAGCUCCUUCACCUUCCAGAACCCAUUUUCAGAGGAGAUUGAGUAUAUCAUCUGUACCAAUGUCAAUGUCAAUAGAAACUCAACUCAGGACUCCCUCCCACCCAUCUCCUCCCCAGUGGGUAUGCUGCCCCCCUCCCUGGGUCAGAGCAGUCCGACCUGCCCUCCUGUAAUGCUCAGCCCUGGGCAGGUGGCCGCCAGGCAGUUGCAGCAACAGCAGCAGCAGGCUGAGCUGGAGGGAACCGGAGACGGUCUCUAUGAGGCAGGACAACUCACCCUCUCACAGAUGCCGCCAGUGCAGCCAGUGGCCGCGGCAGGGCCCGACCACAGCAAGGGCCUUGAGAAGCCAGAGCUCUACCCCUCCCUUUUCCAGGGGCCAGAUCAGACCAAGGGCCUGCCCUCCACCUCCACUCCCACCACACAGAUCUACCCUCCAGCCAACAGCUUCGCUGCUGGUCGAUCCGGCGAUGCAUACAGGCCAGUCGGCAUGACUCCACAGAUGGCUCCGCCGCCGCACUCGGCAGGGCUCAUGCUGGCUCAGAUGUCUCGUCAGAAUGGAGCGCCGCAGUCACUCGCCCCCCCCAGCACUGGCAGCCCCCUUCACGGAGGACCAGCGGGAGGUUGGCCCACAGCUGUAGCUGGAGUCAGACCACAAUUUAAUAACCAGCAGGUGGCACCCCAAGCUGCAAAGACCAUGGCUCCACAGUUUGCUGCUAUGGGAGGAUUUGGUGGCUCUUCCAACUCCUUUGGCCAGAUGCCUACAGUGGCUGCUCCCGCCCAAACCAACAAUGCAAGCUACGCGCCCAUUAAUGCACAUAUCGGCCUCAACGGCAACGGCUACGCAGAUGGUUCUCGAUCCGGGCCACAGUUCCCUUCUCGAGCAGCAGAGGCCGUGUGGCCCCAGUGGCAAGGCCAGCAGCACUCGCAGAGCAAUGCAGAGCAGCGUCCGCACGCACAGGGCAACCAGCAAGACAUUUUUCCUGAUGUAUUGUCUAUGCUGGACCAGCCUUCCAACUUCAACGGCGAUGACUUUGAGAUUCCCAUUUACCCCUCGUUUGACCAGUGACCGAGUCAAUGUACCUCAGCUGGUCCACCUGUUUUGUACACUCAAUGUUGUUGGUUUUUUAUUUUGCCCUCACUUUUCCUUAUAUUCUAUGGCUUUUCUGCUCCUCUUUUCUUCCUGCUCCUGAGAGUAGCACUCUUCCCUUGCUGUGCACCUCUUCAAUUGCACUGCCAAAAGCCAGUUACAGAAGACAGGAAAUCUCUGACUGCAGAUAUAUAGGGGAGGAAAAUCAAGGAUGUCCUACUUACAGUAAGACAAUUGUUAUAACAAUAUUACAACUAUUGUUAGGGAAUUCUCUGGCUAGCACCGCCCAAAGCUCAAUGUUAUAGGUAAAAGCGCACAAUUGCCCAACCACACUUGAAUAAAAAAACUGGUAAAACUCUGGUAAACAUACACAGGAGGUAAAAGCUUAUACAAUGGCCUUAUUUUCUGAAAUGUUCCUAAUUUUUCUCAGGCUUCGAUGAUGAGUAGAUGGAGGUAACUAAUCACUCCGAUCUUUGAUUUAAACUCUCAGGUAUUUGCAGGUAUGCGCAGCUUUGGUGAUUUGUUUUCUUGUACCACCACUGUCUGUGCGGACCCCGCUCACAGUUUAAAAUCCACAGCAUGUCUCUGCAUGUCAGCACCACUUUCAUGGAGCGCUUCUACAAUGUGUAGAUUUGUACUGAAAACAGUUUUCUACAUACAUUGUUGGCUUCACCUAUGCAUUUAAUUAUUUUAAAUAUUAUGUUGUCCUCAAACAGACGCACAGUGUUAACGGUGGCCUCAUGCUGUUUGUCUAGUUCCCUGUAUGUAUGAAAUCUAUUCACCUUGGCCUUCAUAAACAUAGAUACAGUAUUGUGUGUAUGUAUGUAAAAUGGAUGCUUGCAGUAUAAUUAUCAACAACACAGUCCUAGGGUUUCUGACUCGCGUGAUAGUCUUAUUUUUCUUGCCAAUUAUUGCUCUGUUUCAAGUAUGAGGUUUUGUACUCCAUUUUGUAAAAUAUUAAAAAAAUUAAUUACACAGCAAUACUUAACAAGCAGGAUUUAAUUACUUUUGUCAUGUACCCCCUUGAUUAUAUUAUUUUAAAUUUGAGAGCUGGCAUUAAUGGUUGAUUUAUUGUUAUUUUUAAACUCUGAUUUCUCUAUCCGCCUCUUCUGGUUGGUGUUUAAUUAAUGGUUUGUUCAGGGUAUUCAGGAUUAAAACGGAACUAAGCUGAAAAUCUUACGAUCCAUUGGUGAGAAUGCUCUAAAAGUGUUUCCUUUUUCUGUGACAAACAUGGGUCUUUACUCCAAUUAUCGGUGUUUUACAAUCAUUUUUUUGGUGACUUUGUAUUGUAGAAGAAUAUGGUGGGAUGAGAGAUACUUCUAAAAUAUUAAGAUUGUUAAAUUUUUGGAAUUAGUUUAAAUUUGGACCCUUUUGUUACAAUGUUCUGUGGGAAACGCCUAUGAUUGCAAAUGGUGUAAUAAUAUGUAAACAAUGUUGAUAAUUGUCCAGUUUUUAUCUUCCAGAGGAUGGUAUGUUGGUGACUGUAAUUGCUCUGUAUCCAGGUUUUAUUUUUCAAUGAUGUGAACUUCUAUCACUCAUAGGAACACAAAUAUAAAUAUUCUGUAUAUGAAAAGUUAAAUAAGAGAAAAUGUUUGUUUUUUUAUUAUUAAAUUGUUGAAAGAACAAGUUGAACUGUUUUUGA